AUGGGUCAUCAGUUUGCGCCAUCCGUGGCACCAGUUCGACCCGUAAAGGAGGUGCAAUUCGGCAUUCUUAGUCCCGAGGAGAUUGUGGGUCGUGCACUGUCAGUGUGUAAAAUCGAGUUUCCUGAGGUGAAAGACGAUGCUACAGGGAAGUACAAGGUGGGUGGUCUAUCGGAUCCUCGCCUGGGAACCAUCGACAGGAAUUACAAGUGCCAGACUUGUGGCGAGGGCCAAGCGGAAUGCCCCGGUCACUUUGGUCACAUUGAUCUUGCACGUCCUGUAUUUCAUGUUGGUUUCUUGGGUAAGGUGAAGAAACUCCUGGAAUGUGUUUGUGUCCACUGUGGUAAAUUGAAGGCCGACCCUAUCUCGGAUCCUGUGUUCAAGAGUCUCCUUCAAUCUACCCGUGCUAACCGCAAACGCCGCUUCCAGCGUGUUUGGGAAUAUUGUUCCAAGAUCACCAUCUGUGAAGCAGAUGAAGGAAAGGACGAAGACGAGCUUGGUGAUACGACGCAGCAGAAGAUUGGACACGGUGGGUGUGGUCGCUUCCAGCCGGCUAUUCGCAAAGAAGCUUUGAAGCUAUUCUCUGUUUGGAAGCAAAGUAAGGAUGAAGACGAGGAUAGCGGAGGAAUGGCGCAGUCAGAGAAGCGCCCUCUCCCGGCCUCAGAGGUACACACGAUCCUGAAAAAGAUCACUCCCGAGGAUGUUGUCACGCUUGGUCUCUCCGAAGACUUUGCUCAACCUGACUGGAUGGUUCUUACUGUGCUUCCUGUACCGCCGCCGCAGGUCCGUCCUGGCGUGACCGAAUUCGGCAGUGGUAUGGGCCAAGAUGAUCUGACCUACAAAUUGGCAGAUAUUAUCAAGGCCAGUGCCAACCUCCGGCGUAUGGAGCAGGAGGGUGCACCGGCUCACAUACUUAAUGACUUUGCUGAUCUGUUGCAGUAUCAUACUGCAACAUACAUGGACAACGAUAUUGCUGGUCUGCCGCAGUCUCUGCAAUCAUCUGGACGUCCUGUUAAGGCUAUUCGUGCUCGUUUGAAGGGCAAGGAAGGCCGACUGCGUGGUAACCUUAUGGGAAAGCGUGUGGACUUUUCUGCACGCACCGUUAUUACAGGUGACCCGAAUCUAGAGCUUGACCAAGUCGGUGUGCCCAAGAGCAUUGCGCGCAACCUUACUUAUCCAGAACGUGUUACUCCUUACAACCGUGCAUACCUCUCCGAUCUUGUGCGCAACGGACCUAAUGAAUACCCCGGUGCCCGCUAUGUCAUUCGUGACACAGGCGAGCGUAUUGACUUGAAAUACAAUCGGCGUGGAGACAUUGCUCUCCAGGCGGGAUGGAUUGUUGAACGCCAUCUUAAGGAUGGCGACUAUGUUCUAUUCAAUCGCCAGCCUAGUUUACACAAAAUGAGUAUGAUGGCCCAUCGCGUAAAGCUCAUGGACUAUUCCACUUUUCGUCUUAAUCUGAGUGUGACUCCACCUUACAAUGCUGACUUCGAUGGUGAUGAAAUGAAUUUGCAUGUGCCUCAGAGUGAAGAAGCCAGAGCAGAACUGGCGCAAAUUGCCUGGGUACCGCGCCAGAUUGUUUCUCCGCAGGCCAACAAGCCUGUAAUGGGCAUCGUUCAGGACACUUUGUGUGGUAUUCGCAAGUUUACACUUCGCGACUGCCUGCUUGACUUCGAUCAAGUCCAGAAUGUGCUCAUGUGGCUAACCGACUGGGACGGCAUCGUGCCUCAGCCCUGCAUUUUGAAGCCUAAGCCUUAUUGGUCUGGCAAGCAGCUUCUGUCUAUGUGUAUCCCUAAGGGUAUUAAUGUCUUCUUGGGUGAUGCAAAGGCGGCCGCCAACAAUUUCUUAAAGGAUGAUGGCGUUCACAUCGAAAACGGCGAAAUCAUGUAUGGUGUGAUCAACAAAAAGGUUGUUGGUUCAUCUGCAGGUGGUCUAAUCCACAUCAUUUUCCGGGAGCGUGGUCCUGUGGUAUGCCGUGACUUUUUCAGUGGUGUGCAGCGCCUGGUGAACUUCUGGCUCCUUCACAAUGGCUUUUCGAUCGGCAUUGGUGAUACAGUAGCCGAUAAAGCGACUACGGCCAACAUCAAUCAGACCAUCGCCAAGGCGAAGGCAGACGUUAUGGAUCUGAUCCAGGCUGCUCGUCAUGACUGGCUGAAGGCAGACCCUGGUAUGACGCUACGCGAAUCUUUCGAGGCAAAUGUAAACCGCAUUCUAAACAAAGCUCGUGAUGAUGUGGGUUCGCAUGCGGAGCAGAAUCUGCCAGACUGGAACAAUGUCAAGCAGAUGGUAAUCGCGGGUUCAAAGGGUUCUUUUAUCAACAUUUCGCAAAUGUCUGCUUGUGUCGGUCAGCAGUCGGUGGAAGGCAAGCGUAUUCCGUUCGGUUUCCGCCAUCGGAGUCUGCCACAUUUCACCAAAGACGACUUCACCCCCGAAAGUCGAGGCUUUGUUGAGAAUUCGUAUCUUCGAGGUCUUACAGCGCAUGAAUUCUUCUUCCAUGCCAUGGCUGGUCGUGAAGGUCUGAUUGAUACUGCUGUGAAAACAGCUGAAACUGGUUACAUCCAGCGUCGUUUGGUGAAGGCUCUUGAGGAUGUAACUAUUUGCUAUGAUGGAACUGUACGCAACUCUACCAACAAUGUAAUUGAGUUUGCGUACGGUGAAGAUGGUAUUGAUGGCGCCAUGGUAGAGCGCCAAAAAUUGAUUACCCAUGGAUUGAACGACAAGGAGUUCCGUCGGCGCUUCAAAGUUGAUCUCAGCCAUGGUGGAUUCAAAAAGGGUACCCUCCGCGCCGGCUUAGGCGACUGGUCGCCUGAGCUUGAGCAACUUCUAGACGAGGAGUUUGAGCAGCUUGAGCGGGACCGUAUGCUAUUGCGUACGGAAAUCUUCCGUACAGACCGUGUCGAUACUUAUUUGCCGCUGAAUAUCGCACGUCUCGUUCUCAACGCACAACAGAUUUUUCACAUUGAUCCGCGCCGUCCUAGUGAUUUGUCGCCUUUUGAGAUUGUGGAGGGACUUCAGCGUGUGUUGAACAAUUUGGUGGUGAUCCGAGGCAAUGAUCCUAUCAGUCGGUCGAUGCAGGAGAAUGCGACCCUCUUAUUUAAGAUCCACAUGCGCUCUUUCUUGUGCACUAAGCAAGUCAUUGAAGUGCAUCAUCUCUCGCGUGAAGCAUGGGAGUGGAUUUUGGGUGAGAUCGAGGGUCAGUUUGCUCGCAGUGUUGCGCAGCCUGGUGAAAUGUGUGGCACCUUGGCAGCCCAGAGUAUUGGUGAGCCGGCGACGCAGAUGACGCUCAAUACGUUCCAUUAUGCUGGUGUGUCCAGUAAAAAUGUUACGCUUGGUGUGCCGCGUCUGAAGGAGAUUAUCAACUGCGCUGAGAACAUCAAGACACCAUCGGUGACUGUCUAUUUGCAUCCGAAGUAUAGUGCCUCCUCUGAGUCAGCUAAGGUGAUUCAGACGGCCCUGGCAUACACUACGUUGCAGACUGUCACAUCGGCUGUUGAGGUGUUCUAUGACCCGGAUCCUAGCUCCACGGUCAUUCCUGAGGAUCGAGACUUUGUCGAUGCCUUCUUCGCAAUUCCUGAUGAGGAAGUGGAAGCAAGUCUGGAGCGUCAGUCCCCGUGGCUUUUGCGUCUUGUGCUUGAUCGUGCCCAGAUGCUGGACAAGAACCUGACCAUGGCUGAGGUGGCGUCGAAGAUCAGUGCCAUGUUCGGUCGUGAUAUCUUUGUUAUGCACUCAGAAGACAACGCCGAGGAACUGGUUCUGCGUAUUCGAAUUGUGGACAAUGACCCUGACAAAGAAGUUCAGGGCGAAGAGGAUGUGUUCCUCAAGAGUCUAGCACAGCAAAUGCUUGCAGACAUUGCUCUCAAGGGUGUGCCCGGUAUUUCGAAGGUAUUCAUUGUGAAGCAAGACAAGUCCUCGCGUCGAUUCGAUCCUCAGACUGGUGAGUGGGAUACGAUCAAAGAGUAUGUACUUGAGACGGAUGGUACGAACCUCAAGGAUGUGCUUGCGGUGGAUGGUGUGGAUGUCUCACGCACGAUUUCUAACAAUUGUGUUGAGGUGUUCCGUGUAUUCGGCAUCGAGGCCGCCCGUGGGUCGCUUCUAAAGGAGGUGCGCAACGUCAUUGAAUUUGAUGGUUCGUACGUUAACUACCGCCAUCUCGCACUCCUUGUCGAUAUUAUGACUAGUCAGGGUACGCUCAUGGCCAUUACCCGACACGGUAUAAACCGUACGAGCCAAGGCGCUCUUAUGCGUUGCACGUUCGAAGAAACGGUGGAGAUCUUAAUGGAAGCCGCCUCGAUGGGUGACAUGGACGAUUGCAAGGGUGUUGGCCAGAAUAUCUUGCUUGGCCAGAUGGCGCCGAUGGGCACAGGUGCCUUUGACCUGAAUCUCGACGUGGACACACUCAAGGAUGUCAUUGUCAACCGCGACCAGUCGUAUGCAAACCUGUGGGCUUCCAAGCUCGGUAUGGACACCGAUGACAUGGGCGGCCGUACACCUGGUGGUAUGACGCCUUAUGAUUCGAGCUCUCCCAAUGUCGAUGACUUCCGAGUGCAACAGCAGGCAAUGUUCUCGCCCUUGGUUCAAGUGGGCGGUGAUGAAGGAGGCUACAGCGACUACCUGAGCGCGGGACAGAGUCCGAUGCGUACGCCUUUGGGUGCACAAAGUCCUGGUUAUGGCUAUGUGCCGACCUCCCCUGGCUAUCGUACAACGCUACAAGUCCUGCAAUGGGUGCCAUGA